AUGAAGAUUAUCGCCACCUUAUCUUUCCUGGCUCUUGGCCUCAUCGGUGCUUCUGCCGCUACUCCCUCUCUGCGAUUCGCAAAGCGCAACUCUCCCAACGGUUGUGCGGACGGCGUCCCGAGCCAGGCCGCCAUCGCAGGCGCAAUCAAUCAGUGGAACAGUGAUGUCACCACCGUCAAUGAUUUUCUCGAUGUCGCGACUUCUCUGCAAGGGCUCCAUUUACAAUUACCCCGAACGCGCAUGGUGUUGCAGAGGGGAAUCGCGUUGCUGGUCGUCACAGGCUUGUUGUUGAGCUUGAUGAAUGAGUGCACCGGUAUUCUUGCGCCUACCUUUUUCCUCAUCCUUGAGACCCGACGAAAGACCCCGACGCUGCAGAACUACGAGGCAAUUAUCAAGAAGAGUGUAUUUUUAAAUAAGGCGGACGUACGCUGGCGUACAUCUUUCGUCCUUCUCACCCUCCUCCCUCUAGGACUCAGCGUGGCAUAUAAAAAGCUCAUUGGAGAAAGGAGUACGAUAGAGAUCCAGAGCCAAUUUCCACGGUACUACGGUCUCGUGCCGCCUCCCUUGGGAACGUUUAAUGUAAUGAACAACUCGAUCUAUUAUAUGAUCAACGCCAGCGUUCCUUAUAUGGUAGUAUCCUCGAGUGCUCGUUCGACUCCGCAAUUCCCAGCAGUGUACGGAUUUAACACGAUCCUCCUAGACAAUACCUCCACGGCGUUGCUGGACUUACCUUCUCCGGACUUUCUAACUUCCAUUCAGCAGAAUUUGACCGACGGGGAUUCCUGGAGCAUCUCAGCGGCAGUGGAUGAAAUAAUCGCUCGAUACAAUGCAUCCACCUCGUCCUACAGAGAUAAUGACGCCUUCUAG